CCCUGGGAUCAAAUAGAUGACUGUUCGUAGCUGGUGGGGUCUUUCCAUGGCCUUGCACGCCGCCAACUGCGGCGGCCGCGUGGUGGCGCGGCGCGGCCUUGGCCGCGCUCUUGCUUCCGCGCUGCUGUGCACGACCGCCACGACGCCUCAGCGCAUCUCCCACUACCUAACGCACCAGCCGCGGGCGACCUGGGAGGCGCUCUCCGCCACCUUCCCCGCCGCCGGCGGCGGCGCGGUGCCGCACGGCCAGGUCGACGCCGUGCUCCUCUCCCUCGCCAGGCACCCCCACGCCUCCCCCGAGCCCGUCGCCAAGAACGCCCUCACCUUCUUUCACUGGUCCGCCGCUGCCGCCGUCGCCUCCUUGCCGUCCUCCUCCCACUCCCUCCGCUCCUACUGCCUCCUCGUCCACCUCCUCUCCCGCGCCGCGCUCUUCCGCGACGCGUCCGUGCUGCUCGAGGCCGCCAUCGCCAAGCACUCCUCGUCCUCUUCGGUCCCCGCCUCGUCCUUCCUCGACGCCUUCUUCGCCGCCUAUGAGGACAGCGGCACGGGGGCCACGACCCGCGGCCUCCACCUCCUGGUGCACGCCUAUGCGCGGCUGCGCCUCCCGGGGGAGGCCCUCGAGGCCUGCCGCUACCUCGCGCAGCGCGGCAUCAUCCCCUCCCUCUCUGCCUUCAACGCCGCGCUUCAGUCGGCGCAGCGCGCCGGGGCGUUCGGUGUCGCAUGGGAGGUGUUCGAGCUUAUGACGCAGAAGAGGGUGUAUGCGAACCAGAGCACCGUCGAGCUCGUCAUCGGCGUCCUGAGUCGGGAAGGCAAGCUCGCCAGGACCGCGGCGCUCGUGGAGAGGAUUCACGGCAAGAAGUGUGCUCCCAGCAUCGUGGCGCACGUGGCACUCACGCUGAGGAUGAUCGAGGAAGAGAAGGUGGAGCAGGUGAUAUUGCUGCUGAAGAGGAUGCUGCAGAGGAACAUUCUGCUUGACGACAUCGCUUACUCACUGAUCGUGGACGCUUACUGCCGUAUUGGUGAUCUGAAGGCCGCAUUCGAGCAACGGGAUGACAUGGUCCGCAGAGGUUGUCACCUGAAUGCGUUUGUGUAUACUUCCCUCAUCAGAGCGCAUUGCUGUCGACGCAGUGUCGACAAGGCUGUCCAGUUGCUCCAGGAAAUGCUAUCCAUGGGAUUGAAGCCGUAUGAUGCUACGUACAGCCAUCUCAUUGCCGGGUGUUUCAGACAAGGCAUGGUAGAGGAAGGCUUGGCCUACUUCGAAACCAUGCUCCAUGAAGGUUUUGUGCCGGAUAUCAGCAAUUGCAACGAUAUGUUAGGGGGUCUCAGCAACGCAGGAGAGGUUCGCAAGGUGAAUGACCUGCUGACGGCACUGAUGGACAAAGGACUUGUUCCUGACAGGGACACAUACCAGAGACUUAUUGAUGGAUAUGGCAAGGCUGGUGAUGCAGAAGGCAUUGUGAAGAUCUACCACGAGAUGGAGCACAGAGGGCUUCAUCCUGGUGUUGAUGUUUUUACCACCUUGAUCAGGGGCCUUUGCCAGUGUGGUAAUCUGAAGGAAGCUGAGAAGUUUUUGGUGGUGAUGAAGAAGAAAGCAGUGGCUCCAACUAGUGACUUGUACGACUUGUUAAUCAGCAGCUACAGUGAGAAGGGCAACACUAAAAGAGCACUUUGGUUCUACGAUAUGAUGAUCGCAGAGAAUGAGAAGCUUGUCCCCUCUGCUGACUCUUUUAUGAUGUUGGUGAGGAGAGUCAUCAAAGUAAAGAAUUAUUAUCCCCCAAAUAACUGACCAUGUCAUUAGAUCACUGGAGGACGCCGGGAAAGCUUAAAGGGAUAUAAGAAAAGUGCUAUACCCCUGAAGCCCAAACUGGACAGCUGGAGGCCCCGAUGGUGAGGUCUUGCCUGUCACGGCAUUCUGGGCAGAUCACUGGCUGGGCUCAGCUGGCUCAGUUCAUGCCAGCCUUGCACUCCCCACACAACGAGGGGUAAUUCGAUGUGGCCUCCCACAGUUCGUUCGAGCACCAACGGCCUCGGCCAGUACGCAUGGUCGGGCUUUCGGUGGAGGAUUCCCUUUACAACCGACCAAAUAACGUCGAGCAUCAACCCAAGCAUCGGAUUGUUAGGGUCAUGUUCGGUUAAUCCUGGAUUGAGAGGGAUUAAUUCCCUAUAGACUUAUAUGAGAAUUAAUCCUUCUACUCCUCUUCAAUCCCUUUCGAAAAGGAAUUAAUCAAACAAAGCCUAGGUAGGCUGGAUAUAGGCCCAAUUCUCCACUCCUCACUUACAUUCAAAUAAUACAACCUGAUUGUUUUUUCACACGAGUUUUACUGUUCGAUUCCUAUACAUUAUGUUUCACUUACAUCUCAGUAAUUCUUCUCAAACAAGAUAUACAAAUCUUUUUGUGCCGUGA